AUGUUGAAAAAAAUAGGUCUAACAGUUACUAAGCGCACAUUAGAAGACUUUCUGGGAGACUUCUUGCAGGCACGUAUGAUCGCUAAUGCAAAUGGGAAGGCUGCCAGAUUAAGGAGCGAACAUCCGUUUGCUGUAAACUUACAUCCAUCCAAUACCGCAUUUCCGCUUUUUGCCACAUUCAGCCCUUUCGAUCUAGCAAAGCAGAAUGCUCUUGCAACUAGAGAUGCUUCAAAACUGUUAACAAAUUGGCUGCAACGUUUGCGUGCUGAUCCCUUAACGUCAUUUUCCUUGCCAGUUGCAAUGGAAAGCGUAAUAAAGCCAUCAGCAAUUCUGCAAACGCAUCCUUUAGCAAUCAAUUUAACUCGUAUCGCAAAAUAUUUAGAAGAUGGCGGUUUGUUAAAGAAUGUGAACUACGAAAGAAAAGAUUACGAUGCUAAUUUUAAUAAUUAUGGCACUGAGAUUAACCAUCCCAAAACAUUGAUUUCUGCUGAAAAAGAUCGAUCUAAAGAAAGUGCUUCUGAAGAAAGCAUUAAAAUUGAUAAUAAUUCUCGAGGUGGUUUUCUUUUCGAGUCAAUAACUAUAAGAAAGAAUUCCUCAACACAAGAACAAUGA